CCGUAAGUGGCGGUACCUCGUGUCUCUCGUUUGAAAGUCAUUGCCGUGUCAAAGUUCAUUUUUUUCAAUAAAUUUGAACGUAAAAAAGUAAGCGCGAGCGGCAUAUAAUGGAGCUCUCAAUUAUGGGAAUAUAGUCGGCGCAUGUAUUAACAAAGCCAUGGCGAAGUUCAUCGCGAGCGUAAAGGCGAUAAUAACAAGGCUGGUGUUCGCGUCGCACGGUUUCAUAGCUAUUUGGCAGGUGACGAGUUUCAAACGCAAUCCGAUCUACUGGUACCUCUGCUGUCCCAUAAUUCUACUCUUCUUCGAGGGUAUUUUCACGCUGACGAUCAAAGCCAAUCAAGAAUGGAAGUGGUUUUGCCCCUCGGUAUUUCUGUACUUGGGAAGCGUCGUGCCCGCCAUUUGGCUUCUCGAGCUGGACAAAGUCGAGCGAAGAUUGAAAAACCUGGGAUCGAACGUCAAUCUCAACGACACCUUCGAUCUGACGAACUUGGAGGACCUGAAGCAACUGCAGAAGACACUGGGAAUGAACAUCCGACUCCCAGACAUCCAGAUCUCAACGGAGACUUGGGUCACCCUGAUCGAGCAGUUCCUCAUGCUCAUCCUGAUAAUCGGCCGCUGGAUGUUGCCGAAAGGCGAGCUGACCCGCGACCAGCUAAGUCAGCUGCUUCUGGUCUACAUCGGUACGGCUGCAGACAUAAUCGAGUUCUUCGACUCGUUCAAAGAGGACAAGGUCGCCCGAGAGCCACUACUCGUCUACCUGACUCUCGGCAUCUGGUCCUGGUCUCUUAUGCAGUUCACCGUUGUUUUGACCGCCACGAAGAGCAGGAAGUCGAGGUUGUCCUCUGGAACGGCUAUUAGGAGAAAAGUACCCGCGGAGACGAGUUGUUGCAGUAUCGACGUCUGGGCCAUUGGCAUCAAUAUGGUCUUGCAGGACGGUCCCUUCCUAGCCUUCCGACUGAUCCUCAUAAUCCACUACAAAAUCGUCAGCUACAUGAACAUCUUCUUCACCUGUAAAAACACCCUCGUGAUUCUCCUGCAACUCUACCGCCUCUACGUCGUGCAAAGCGAAAGUCGAACGCGACGUCGCAAGCAGCGAGAGAAGCAGCAGCAGAAACGUUACGACAAGUACAACGAGAUCGGUAGCAUCAGCAUCAUUUCCCGACCGGACGACGCCUACAGCUGCGACAGAAAAAGGACCAAGAGACGAAAGGCCUGCAGCGACGAGGACAACGACGACGAUUACCGAGAAGAGAAGAAGAGACGGAAAAAGAAAUCGGCAGCCGGUGCCAGGGUGAAGGACGUCGAGGCCAAUGUCGUGGUUGUUACGGAAUCGGACGAGGCUGAUUCGGAGGAACUAGAUCGGUACGAGGCGUCGCCUAAGAAACGGGAGAACAGCAAUAGAAAACCUCGACAGGAUACAGGCUACUCGACCUCCAGUUCACGCACCUCAUCGAAGGGUCGUCGGAAGCGCAGUCAGGAAGACCGGAAACGCGCCGAUCGCUCGGCCAGUGGGGAUAACAACGAAGACAAGGAUCGCGAAUCUCGAUCGAGCAAUAAGAAGAGUUCGAAGACUCGCUCUGACGAAUCCAAGUCGAGCAAGAAAAAGGAGCAGGGCAGCAGGAGCAAGAGUCGACGACGAAGGCGGUUCGACAGCGACGAGGACGAGGAGGAUAAGAGCAAGGGGAGCGAGGACUCGAGCGAGGAGAGCGAGUCCGAGUCUGAGGAGAAGAAAAAAUACGGUCGAAGAAAGCGAGGCGCGGAUCGAGAUUGACAGCGAAGCCUCGGUAUCGUCGCGCUCUUCUUUCUCUACUCGGCCAUUCUCCUUGGCUGCAUACUCCUCAUUCACGCUGGGAUCAACGACGGGCUCGUUCUCAUGUCGAGGAAGCGAUUUUACCUCUACUCGAACUCGACGCAGGCUAAUUGAAUAACCUAUCGCUAUGCGAUUCAUCACGAGUGACGAGAUCUAUAUAUUCAACUGAUACGAGCUAUUUUCUGAUACUCAAUUAUAUUUGCAAGUUCGCGCGUCGUUGUGUACAAAAGUUGUUUUGUCCUACGUGUUUAUUGUCUCGCGCGUACGCUCAUAAUACGAGAAAAAUCGUUCCGAUAUGACGAAGAGAAACAUUUGUUCGGUUAAAGAUGCACAAGGAAGUGUACAAAAAGUCUUUUAUAAAAUAUC